UUAGUAAACCAAUCUUAUAUAUCUGUUGUUGUAUGUAUUUGAGUGUGAACCAACCCCAACUCUGUUUACUGUCGUUCAGAUUCGCAUUGAAGCAAUAAGCAAUGGUAACUGCAGCAUGUCAGUCAGGACGUGUGAGUUUCAAACAUCCUUCUACUCAUUUCCACUUACCUCAAUGUCCAUCCUUGUUGGACUUGUGCAUCCGCAAAAUCACUCACACUCUGACUCGGGAGGACAUACAUAAAUAUAACACUUUUUCUGCACUCCCACCGGACUUGAGUCAGCGAAUUUUCAACAAUAUGGUUUACUCCUCCUAUCUCACACCUGCUUCCCUCCAACCCUUUCGAGAUUCUGCCCUCCAGGAUAUUUGCUUGGGAGAAUAUGAAUAUGCAAAUGGUGGUGGUGCUGCUGCUGCAAUUGUGGAUGAUGCCUGGAUGGAUGUCAUCUCAUCACAGGGAUCCUCUUUACUUCAUCUAGAUCUUUCUGCCUCUGAUGUCACUGAUCAUGGUCUCACCUUUCUUGGACAUUGCACAAAUAUCAUCUCUUUAAAUCUUAAUCACUGUCACCAAAUUUCAGAUCAUGGACUAGAGUGCAUCAGCGGUCUCUCCAACUUGGCAAGUUUGAGUUUUAGAAGAAACUAUGCAAUAUCUGCUCAAGGAUUGAAUACCUUUUCUGGUCUUAUUAACUUGGUCAAGUUGGAUUUGGAGAGAUGUCCUGGGAUUCACGGAAGCCUAGUUCAUAUUCAAGGUUUAACCAUGUUGGAAUCUCUCAACCUAAAUUGGUGUAACUGCUUAGUAGAUGUUGAUAUGAAGCCUCUAUCAGUGCUUACAAACUUGAAAAGCCUAGAGAUUUCCUUCAAUAAGGUCACAGAUUUUGGGAUCAGUUUUCUGAAAGGAUUACAAAAGCUUAAUUUGUUAAAUUUGGAAGGCUGCCAAGUAACAACUGCAUGCUUGGACUCUCUUGAAGAGCUUCCUGCCCUGUCAAACUUGAAUCUUAGUAGAUGUAAUCUUUCUAACGAUGGAUGUGAAAAGUUUUCACGACUGGAAAAUUUGAAAGUAUUAAACUUGGGAUUUAAUGACAUAACAGAUGCAUGUUUAGCACACUUGAAAGGAUUGACAAAGUUGAAGAGCUUGAACCUGGAUUCAUGUAGGAUUGAAGAUGAAGGGUUGGUCCACCUGGCAGGUCAUCAGCAACUGAAUUGCUUGGAACUCUCUGAUACGGGAAUUGGAAGCAAUGGACUACAUCAUUUAUCAGGAUUGUCUAAUCUGGAGAAAAUAAAUCUAUCGUUCACUUUUGUUAAUGAUAGUGGUUUAAGCAAACUGUGUGGACUCUCAUCUCUUAAGUCACUAAAUUUGGAUGCUCGCCAAGUUACCGAUACUGGAUUGGCAUCCUUAACAAGUUUGACUGGGCUUACAGAACUGGAUUUGUUUGGUGCACGAAUAACAGAUUUUGGAACAAACUAUUUAAAAUGCUUCAAGAACCUAAGGUUGCUGGAAAUAUGCGGUGGAGAAUUGACUGAUGAUGGUGUGAAAAAUAUCAAAGAACUUUCAUCUCUGAAGAGCUUAAAUUUAUCACAAAACUGCAACCUUACAGACACUACCCUGGAGUUAAUUUCUGGGCUUACUGAUUUGAUUUCUUUGAACGUUUCAAAUUCUGGUAUCACAAAUGCUGGGCUGCAGCAUUUGAAAACACUCAAGAAUUUGAGGUCUCUAUCAUUGGAGUCCUGUAAGGUGACAGCAAAUGGCAUUAAGAAACUUCAAUCAACAGACCUCCCCAAUCUGGUAAGCUUCCGGCCACAGUAAUUGGGGAGGUAUCCCCAACAUGUUGUAGUCUAUAUUAAGAAUCUCUAUUUGCACUGGCAUACCUCAGAAAAAGUAUGGAAAGACGACCUCAAAUUGAAUAUACUAUGUAUAUAUAGGCUAAUGCCUUCAAGAGAAGUUAGAAUUAUUAUUGCCUCUUAAUUUGGUUCGAAGCUUUCUUUAAUUUUAUAUUGAAGUAUGCCUAGAGCUUUUAUAUUUCAACUUUCAAGUGGGUCUGUGUAGAAGUGUAUAGAACGUAAAUCAGCAUGCACUAUUCCAUAAACAAAAUGGUGUAAACUAUUUGUAAUUGGUCCAAUAUUUUCAAAUUGAUUUUUUUCGCCUGUAUAGCAGUUAACGAGUUUGGCCAUUCUGA